AGGGAUAAACCAUUCAAACGGAAACACAACCUUCUGGCCUCCCAUUGGUCCAAAGUUCCCCGCGAAAGUAACGUCACCAGCAGUUUCGCGCCAGUUCUGCAACUUUUGGACGUGUGUACAACAAGAGGUUUUGUACAACUAUGUCUUCACCUACUUCAACUCCAGGUCGCAAACGUGGAAGGAAUGCAAACCCCUCAACACCCAGCAGUGAGGGCCCCACCUCACCUCCUUCUCAAAGGCGCAGAGGUCAGGACUCUUCCACCGGAGACCUAAUGCCAAUGCCCACUUCCCCUCCCACUGACGUGCUCAGUCCCUCAGCACCGCAGGACUCUUCUCUCUUCUCCAGCCCAAGACGAUCAGUCCAACCGAAUGAAGUGGACAUGAGCUCCCCUCUAAUGUAUGGGACCCCCAGCUCAAGGAUUGAAGGGACGCCUCGCAGUGGAGUGCGUGGCACCCCAGCCCGGCAGCGUCCUGACCUCGGGUCAGUCCGUAAGGCUCCUCAAGUGGAUCUUCAGUCCGAGCCAUCUGCUGCUGACGGAGGAGCGGCCAGUGAGGCAAACGCAGGCCAGAGGUUGGUGAUCUGGGGAACUGACGUCAACGUCGGUAUCUGCAAGGAGAAGUUCCAGAGGUUCCUGCAGAGAUUCAUCGACCCGACCUCCAAUGAAGAUGAGAACUCUGGUUUGGAUCUGAACGAGCCGCUGUACAUGCAGAAGCUGGAGGAGAUCAGUGUGGUUGGUGAUCCAGUGCUGAAUGUGAACUGUCUCCAUGUGCAGUCCUUUGAUGCAGAGCUGUACAGGCAGCUCAUCAGCUACCCACAGGAAGUCAUUCCCACGUUUGACAUGGCAGUGAACGAACUUUUCUUCGAGCGGUUCCCAGACUCCAUCCUUGAAUUCCAGAUCCAAGUCCGCCCCUACAACGCCCUGAAGACAAGGAACAUGCGGAGCCUGAACCCAGAAGACAUCGAUCAGCUGAUCACUAUUAGCGGCAUGGUGAUCCGUACCUCGCAGCUUAUCCCCGAGAUGCAGGAGGCGUUUUUCCAGUGCCAGGUGUGUGCCUACAGCACCCGUGUGGAGGUGGAUCGUGGCCGCAUCGCCGAGCCGGCUGUGUGUCGCAACUGCAACACCACCCACGGCCUGACACUGGUUCACAAUCGUUCCGUCUUUUCAGACAAACAAAUGAUUAAAGUUCAGGAGUCUCCAGAAGACAUGCCUGCUGGUCAAACCCCUCACACCACUGUCGUCUACGCCCAUAAUGACCUGGUGGACAAGGUGCAGCCUGGGGACAGAGUGAAUAUCACUGGCGUCUACAGAGCCGUCCCAAUGCGAGUAAACCCACGGCAGAGCAACGUCAAGGCUGUCUACAAGACUCACAUAGAUGCCAUCCACUUCCGGAAGACAGACGAGAAGCGCCUGCACGGUGUGAACGAGGAGGCUGAGCAGAAGCUCUUCACCGAAGAUCGAGUUCAGACCUUGAAGGAACUGGCCGGAAAACCUGACGUCUACGAGCGCCUCUCCUCGGCCCUCGCCCCAAGUAUCUACGAGCAUGAAGACAUCAAGAAGGGAAUCCUGCUGCAGUUGUUUGGUGGCACUCGCAAAGACUUCAGCCAGACCGGCCGCGGUCACUUUCGUGCAGAUGUGAACAUCCUGCUCUGCGGAGACCCUGGUACCAGCAAGUCCCAGCUGCUGCAGUACGUGUACAACCUGGUGCCCCGUGGCCAGUACACGUCAGGGAAGGGCUCCAGCGCCGUGGGUCUCACCGCCUACGUGAUGAAGGACCCGGAAACCAGGCAGGUGGUCCUGCAGACCGGAGCACUGGUGCUGAGCGACAACGGCAUCUGCUGCAUUGACGAAUUUGACAAGAUGAGCGACAACACGCGGUCUGUGCUGCAUGAGGUCAUGGAGCAGCAGACCCUCUCCAUUGCCAAGGCUGGAAUUAUUUGUCAACUCAACGCACGCACUGCGGUGUUGGCUGCUGCCAACCCUGUGGAAUCACAGUGGAACCCAAAGAAGACGACCAUUGAGAAUAUUCAGCUUCCUCACACACUCCUGUCCAGGUUCGAUCUCAUUUUCCUGAUGCUGGAUCCUCAAGAUGAGGCAUACGACCGCAGGCUGGCCCACCACUUGGUGUCGCUGUACUACCAGAGUGAGGAGCAAAUGGAGGAGGAGUUCUUGGACAUGGCGGUGUUGAGGGACUACAUUGCUUAUGCACGAACAUACAUCAGCCCAAGGCUGAGUGAAGAAGCCAGUCAGACCCUGAUCGAGGCCUACGUAGACAUGAGGAAGAUUGGCAGUGGUCGAGGCAUGGUGUCGGCCUACCCCAGACAGCUGGAAUCUCUGAUCCGUCUGGCCGAAGCUCACGCUAAAGUGCGUUUCUCCGAGAAGGUGGAGAACAUUGACGUGGAAGAAGCCAAGAGACUCCACCGUGAGGCCCUCAAACAAUCGGCAACAGACCCCAGGACGGGAUUUGUGGACAUCUCAAUUCUGACAACAGGUAUGAGUUUAACGGCCCGCAAGCGUAAAGAGGAAGUUGCCCAGGCUCUGAAGAAAAUGAUCCAGGCCAAAGGAAAAACACCUGCCAUGAAAUACCAGCAGCUCCUGGACGACCUGAGGGGACAGUCUGAAACUGCCAUCACUAAAGAGCUGUUUGACGAGGCGUUGCGAGCCCUGGCUGACGAGGAUUACUUGACAGUUACUGGAAAAACUGUUCGUCUCCUCGCCUAAGACCACACCCUGCAAUUAUGUACAGAACUUAAUUUUAAAUCCUGUCUUUGGGUCUACUUUUUGUCCUCAUGCUGUAAAAAAUAAAAGUCACACGUUUGAGUAAUUGAACUAUUUCUUUUCCUGUAGUAGAAUUUGGUAAUUAAUGUGAGGGGUUACCAGAUGACCCACUCACUUAACGUUACCAUUGCAAAUGAUAAAAACUGAAACAAAAGAAACAACGCUUUGCUGUUUAAUCUGUGUAUUUCUGUUCGUUACAUGUUAAUGUUGUUGAUGGUAAAAAAACAAACCAAAAAAACAACAAAGCUCUUGUCUUAAAUAUUUGUUAAAGAAAUGUUUAGGUUGUUUAUGUAUAUUAUUUCUGUUACCACAGGUAGAAAAGUAACUGCAGCUUACAUUGGUCAUUUGUACAUGGGGAAAUAAAAUGUUGACAAUUAACAUUUUCUAUGCUUGAUUAUCAUGAAAUUGACAAAACAAUUUUGAUAUCAGCAGAAUACAUUAUAACCCUGACUGGUUUAUUUUUUUAAACAGUUUAGUAGUGAAUAAACAACAAUGUAUGUUUGUAUAUUUAUUGAAUCUUAGCAUUACAUACAUGAACAGAACAGAAACCAAAUAACAGCAAGCUCAUACCACCUCACCCUAGACAGUAUAAAACACAAAAUAAAUAUGAUUAUAUCUUUUAAUGUAA